AUGACCAAGAUGGUCGUUAUUGAAGAAGAUGCUGACAUCAAAUUGAGAGCCUUCUUUGACAGAAAGAUGUCUGAAGAAGUUGAAGGUGACAACAUUGGUCCUGAAUAUAAGGGAUACGUCUUCAAGAUUGUUGGUGGUCAAGACAAGUCUGGUUUCGCCAUGAAGCAAGGUAUUUUGGCUAACACCAGAGUUAGACUCCUCCUCGAAAGAGGUUCUAUCGGCUUCCAAAAGUGGAGAGGUAGAGACGGUGAAAGAAGAAGAAAGUCCGUCAGAGGUUGUAUUGUUGGUCCUGAUCUCUCAGUUUUGUGUUUGACUGUUGUCAAGAAGGGUGAUGCUGAAUUGCCAGGUAUUACUGAUUCCGUUAAACCAAGAACCCACGGUCCAAAGAGAGCCUCCAAGAUUAGAAAGCUCUUCAACUUGACCAAGGCUGAUGAUGUCAGAAAGUACGUUAUUAAACGUGAAAGAAAGGUCGCCAAGAACAAGAAGGUUCUCAAGGGUGUUAAGGUCCAAAGAUUGGUUACUCCAGACAGAAUUAGAAGAAAGGCCAAGGAAAUCAAGAGAAGUAUUAAGAGAGUUGCUGCUUCCAAGAGCGAAAAGAAGGCUUAUGCUAAGCUUUUGGCUAAGAGAAAGUCUGAAACCACAAAGGCUACUACCCACUAA